AUACAUUUAAUGAUUUACAGGAAUCUUGCAUGUGAAGAUGGCCAGCCAGCUGAAGCACAUUGAAAUUGUAGUCCAACAGCUUAAUCGUUUCAAUCCUGAAAAUGAAAGUGUUGGGCAUUUCUUGGAUGAAACAGCUGCUAAAGCAUUCCAGGCUUUCAGUGUAACAGAUGAAACCUUUUUGAUGGCAACUUUAUCUGGCUGUAUAGAAUAUAAACCUCUGUUGGAUGUGGUGGUCAAUGCAUUUUAUACCAGAGAUGGAAAACAUUGCCUGUUGUCUGAUCAUAAUCUUUACGUUGUUGUUUGUUAUUUGGCCACUUUUCAAUUGGAUGAACUUGGACUUCAGCAGUUCUCAAGAAUGGUUAAGGCAGCAGAUCCUGUUAAAAUAUGUAAGUUCCUUAGAUUCUUUUUCGAUGUUGUAAAUUUGCACACAUGGAUAAAAGAUGAAUGGAACCAGAUAUAUGAUUCUGCCUAUGUAAAAGAAAACUGGAUUGACCCAUUGGUAAGAUGGCAGCCCAAAAUGAAACAACUGAUUGAUCAGCUUGAUGACAAAUCAAUUAAAUGCACUGCUACAGCGUCAAAGACAACUGAACCAAAGGCGUUUAACUUGACAGUCCCUAAUCCACGAGCUAUUAUGGUUCCUGAGCUAAUUCCACCAGUAGAAAAAACGAAGCCUGUUCCUAAAAGUACUUAUAAACCCCAAAAACUGAAGCAGCAGCUAGAAGGAAUUAAACUGAAGAAUCGUCGCAAAGCGGAGGAACUGCUGCUGGAAGCAAAUGUUAACCAGUUCUCCUGUGCAGCCCCCAAAUCUGGAUGUCACUGUGGUGCUGGUAUAAUUCAGACUGUUCCGGAGACCUUUCAAGCUCAGAAGAUCCAAGGGGAGAUUGACAACGUACCUGUGAAACUAAACACAACAGCGAUCUUAAGAGAAGGUGUCCUUUACCAACGAAAAGUGGAGCAGGAGCUUAAUAGGAUUGAACAGCUUUUACGAGGGGCUCGGGAUCCUUCUGAGUUUCUGGAUUGGCAAAAAGAAAUGUAUGAGAGAGAUUUGAACCAAAAGCUGGCAGAAGCAGAAUGUAAGAGGCUGCAAGGACAGCUAAGCCACGAGGAGGCCAUUCUUGCACGUCAGAAUCGCAUUCUGGAAAACCAUAGAAAAGCUGAGCAGAAGAGGGAAGAGGAAGCGGAAAUGAGCCAGCAAAUUGCAGAAAGGCGCAUUCAAGAAAGGAAGGAAAGGGAAAAAAUGGUGCAUCAGGUGGUGGAAGGACGCAAAAAUGUGAAGCAAGCACGAAUGAAGCUCCAAAAACAGAAGCACCAAAUAGCUCAGGAAGUUGCUGAAGAAAGCCAGGAAAUCCUACUUCAGAGUUUGAAAGAAGAAGAAGAGAGAUUCAAAAAAAGAUAUGAACUGAUUCAACAAAUAAGAGCGAUAGAGUAUCUGCCUUUAAUGAAGCAAAAAUUUGUUGACUUAACCCAGACUCCUAACCAUGGUGUUCUUGGUGAGAUGUCCAUAGUAGAACUGCAGGAACGCUUAGCCUUACUGAAACAAGCUCAGAAGAAGGCCGAAGAGGAGAAGAGGGAUCAGAUAAUCCAAGAAAAAUAUGCGAAGGAACAGCUUCUUUUGGACAAACUUGAGCAGAUCUCCAUGUUCAGAGACCAAUUUGGAAGAGCAGCUGCGCUGAGGCUGGAGGAAAAGAAAACCAAGCCUCCGCUUCGCGAACGCAUUUUGAAAGAUCAACAAGUUUUGGAGCUGAAACAAAAGAUUAUGGAAAAAUCUAUGGAGCGUAAAAUGCAAGCUGAGAAGAUGCAGACUGCAUCCCUAAAGUACGAUGAAGGGUCAGUCACAUCUUGGAGGCCAAAGAAAAAAUCUCAGCGUGAGGAUCACUGGAAGAAGUUGGAAGAAAGUCAACAGCGGCAGUUCAAGAUGCUUCAGCAUGGUUUUAUGGCAAGAGAAUUGACUCAGAAAAGGAUGACCAAUGAGACUUUGAGAACUGGAACCAAGGCUUGUAUAUUGCGCUCUUAAGUCAGACAAAGCUAUUUCUACGUUUAUUUCUGUUUAUGAGACGCUUACCAGGUAUUUUAUACUGUAAGCACCAAGAGCUAGUUUUGGUUCACAGUAUCUCAGUAUUCUUUUUCAGCUGUUUCCUACCAUUACAAUAUUUCCUUCCCAUUGAUGUCAAUGGGAGAGAGAAUUAAUGCACUAAGGCUAGUGCCCUCCCUCCCCAACCCCCCGCCUCCUAUUCCUGCCCCAGCCAGCACAGCCCCUUUUUGUCAUUACCUCCAUUGGAGCAUCAGUGUCAGACCAGCAAGAGUGGUGGGAAUUUCCAUGUCCACAGUGGGGAGGUUUGUUCCAUUAAAGAUAACCCAUUGUGAAAA